GUGUGGAGAUAGGGUGAACACGCUGCAUACGGCUGUAAGACCGCCUGCCGCUUUGCGCCCUCGGAUCAUAACUCUAGGCACGCAGCCCUUUCGCGUGCGGAGGGUCGUGGAUUCUGUGUCCGUGAUUGCGACGUAAGCCUUUGUUGCUGUUCAUUUUACACGAGGCAUCACUUCUUUCCUUUCUCUCAGAUCUACCUUCCAUAUUUGCCUAGAACGCUUUGUGCUGGUAGUUUGACUUCCGAACUGUCGAUCUACAAACUGUUCGAUUUGUAUUCGGUUCUUGCCGUUGUUCCAAGUCGACUGUCUCCGUUCCAACUCGCUCACUCCAUAUUCAACUUCCACAAUGGCGACGCCAUCGUCAUUACCAAACCCCGCGCGGGAUGCGCAAGAUCUGCCCAACGGACCUACCAAAGAAGCAUACGAACAAGGUCAUGAUGCAGACAGCAGACUACCUGAGGAUUCAUUCUCCAAAGAUCCAGAGAAGGGCAUCGACAGCCAUGCCCAUUCAACCCACACAGACGAGCGAACAGUGUCCAGCGUCUCCCCACCAGAACAAGAACGAGACCCCAACAUUGUCGACUGGGACGGGCCUGAUGAUCCCGCGAACCCUCAAAACUGGACGGCGAAAAAGAAGUGGGGUAUCAUAGCCGCACUGGGUGCCUGUACUCUCAUCACUCCCCUCGCAUCCUCCUUCUUCGCACCCGGCGUCCCCCAGGUCCUUCAUGCCUUCAACGAAACCUCCAACAUAAUGGCCUCGUUCGUCGUCUCAGUGUAUAUCCUGGGAUUCGCUAUUGGGCCUCUGAUAAUCGCGCCCAUGUCUGAACUUUACGGACGCAUGCAUCUGUACAACAUCUGCAACGCACUCUUCGUUGUCUUCAACAUCGCCUGUGCGUUAUCCAAUUCCAUGGGCAUGUUGGUAGGCUUCCGUUUUCUAGCAGGGUGUGCCGGAGCCGCGCCCUUGACUAUCGGAGGCGGCACAAUCGCCGACAUGUUUCCUCCUGAACAACGAGCUGGUGCAAUGGCCGUGUGGGCCGUUGGACCACUUCUAGGUCCUGUCAUCGGACCUGUAUGCGGAGGUUUCCUCGUGGAGAAUCAAUCCUGGCGUUGGGUCUUCUGGAUCCUUGCCAUCUUCGGCGGCGUCUUCGGCGUCAUGCUCUUUUUCGUUGGCCGCGAAUCCUACCAUCCUACCAUCCUCGCUCGCAAGACGAAGGCCCUGCGGAAAGAAACUGGAAACGAGAAUCUGAGGUCGAAACUCGCCCAGGAUCUGCCGCCGAAGGAGAUUUUCAUUCGCGCUAUUGUGCGCCCGAUGAAGAUGCUCCUCCUUUCUCCAAUUGUCGGUCUCAUGUCCCUCUACGUCGCUAUCAACUACGGUAUCCUGUACCUGUUCUUCACGACCGUCACGUUUGUCUUCGAGGGCCAAUACCACUUCUCCUCCGGCGCCGUUGGACUGUCCUACAUCGGUGUUGGUGUAGGCAUGUUCAUUGGUAUGAUAGCCCUUGGUGUCCUAUCCGACAAGAUCAUAGUCAAGCAACAAGCCAAAGGAAACGUCAAGCCUGAACACCGCCUUCCGCUUGUCCUUACCCUACCCGGUGCCAUUGGACUUCCCGUCGGUGUCUUCGUAUACGGGUGGACGACAUACUACAAAGUCCACUGGAUCGUCCCCAUCAUCUUUACCUCGCUCAUCGGUCUGGGUAAUCUAACGGCUAUGAUGACUAUCCAAACCUACCUCGUUGAUGCGUUUACUGUCCACGCUGCGUCUGCUAUCGCAGCAAAUACUGUUCUCCGCUCCAUGUUCGGCGCCUUUCUGCCGCUCGCUGGAUUGAACAUGUACGAUGCUUUGGGGUUGGGUUGGGGAAAUUCUCUACUUGGGUUCAUCGCUGUGGCGUUUGUCCCGGUGCCGAUUCUGUUCAGGUACUAUGGUGAGAGGAUCAGGACGAACCCGAAGUUUCAGGUGCAGCUUUAGGGUUGUCGGUUAGCCAGCAUAGACAGUCUUCACAGCAUUGCGCGGCGUUGAUUAUGCGAUAGAGUAAUACAGGUUGAAACGCCUCCUCUUUGAAACAUAUGAUAGGGACCUCUUGUAUUCUGUCUGGUGCGUCAUAUUGCACUGCACUGUGUGUCAUGACUAUUGUAUCGUCUUUGCUCCGUAUAAUCACAAGUGAGUAGUAAUGACGUCGAGAUGUUACGGCAAAUGUCGGUUUCUGAAACAGCAGGACUGUUUGUAAGUGAUUGGGGUCUAUAAGCGUCUCACAGACAGAACAGGCGGACAUGGUAGCAAGACAGUAGGUAACGAUUAUUCACAUUGUAGAUUGUAAUUAACAUGUUUUUUGGGGUCUCAGAGCUUUGCGCUAUUGGUUCGCGAACCCCAGCGUGUAGCGUGG